AUGGACGUCAACAGGAGACUGGGGAUGAGGGACACUGUGCUGGCUCUCUUCCUCGCAGUCAUGCAGGGAUUUCCUCUCGGGGAAACGGCCCCGAACCACUCACCGCUGGUUGGAUCCAACUGGGGGAACCCGAGGAGAUAUGUCCACCUGCAAACAUCCACAGACCAUAACAACUUCUACCUGGAGAUCAGAUUAGAUGGCACCGUGCGCAAAACCACCGUCAGGAGUUCAUAUAGUGUGAUUUUACUGAAAGCAGAAACGAGAGAGCGCAUCGCCAUCCUCGGAGUCAAGAGUAGCCGCUACCUGUGUAUGGAUUUGGAGGGAAACCCAUUCAGCUCUCCCAUCUGCCUCAGGGACGACUGUCUGUUCAACCACAAACUUCUGGAGAACAACCGGGACGUGUACUACUCCAUCCGGACCGGCAUCCUCUUCAACCUGGAGGGCUCUCGGCAGGUGUUCUCGGCGGGCCAGAACCUUCCGCAGACCUCCAUCUUCCUGCCCCGGAAGAACACGGUCCCGCUGGAGCGCCUCCUGCUCAGGGAGAAGAGGAACCAGGUGGUGGAUCCCUCAGACCCGCUCAACGUCUUCAUCGGCAGGACCGAGGAGGGCUCGGACUCCCGGGCCGUGCCGGAGGACGAUGCCGACUUGGAGCUGGAGCUGGAGGUGGUCGAGGCCGGGGACGAUGGGCGCAACGUGUCCCGGGAGACGGCGCAGGCUCCGUCCGUCGACGACCCCUGGAACGUGCUGUCGUCCAACCCGGGAAGCCCCCGGAGCUCCGGAACCAUUGGGUGA